UUUCCCUCAACGGUACUACUUACUCCGUGCGCCUCGCAUAUUCGGACAACAUACUGGACAUCAUAUCUCUCUUGGGACAGAACCUGAUGAUGCGUUUCUCAUAUAUAUAGCUCCACAACGACAUGCUCGCUCUGAAGAGUCUGCUGCAGGUGAUUUCGAUGACGGCCCGGCGCGCUCAGAAUGCUGUAUACCAGUUGUUCACGGUGGCACUGACUAGAUGAAGAACACCUUCCGCGAAUACAGCACAGCGGUGGCUAUGGUACCGAAAAUGUAUUCUUUCCAAACCCGAUAUGCUGACCAUUGAUGAAAUACACAUUGACGUCCCAAUUUAGCUGUGUACCUAUCAUGGCACUCUGAGAAUGAUCCCUGGAGGGCUUUGACGAGUUACUUGCUGUCUCUGCGCUGGCUAAAUGAUGUCACUUUCUCUCUUCACAUGCUGCCCAGAAAUAUCGAAACCUUUGGCUGCGCACAGGAACCGACCAUUUCCUGGAUACUCCGGAAUGGUUCCUCACAUCAACUAUACGGCUACCCAGAGAUUUUCCGCGCAGCUCACUCUCUGGAUGGUCGCGGAGCAUCCGAAGGUACGCCGCCAGUCACGCUCGUCGGGUGCAUGCUAUACAGAGACCAUAUUCCUCGAGAAAGCGGGUAUAUCUACUCACACAGAUUGGUCUGAUCUCCGAUAUUGGACCUUCUUCGAGAUGUACGUGUUCAUCAAGUUUAGAAUGGGCUCUGUGAUGGAUGACCUACGGAAGUCGGGGGACUACGAAUUGGCCAUUUCGUAGCGUUUCUCGCCGUAUUCAUCGGUAGGAUAGCAUGCCCUUGUCUUUUACCUUUGAUCUUACUCGAAUGUGCUCAUUAAAGUCGGCGGUGAUUGUAUCUCUUCUUCUCGCCAGGCUUGGAACAACAUCCGACCUCCACAGCUCAUCCUCGGUAUCUAUACACCUCAAAUACCGUAGACCCACCGCACUCCGCCCUUGUACUUUGCUCCCGCUCUCUCGCUCCUCCAUCCUUGGUCGUCCACCAAUCGUUCACCGAGCUUUCUCCACCCGACGCUUUCCUCCCAUCGUCGGCAAUCACGUUGGUUCAUUCGUUGGAAAUUGGACCCUCGGUACCACCACCUCCGACAACCUUCUCAACAUUUCUCUCGUAGGCCACGGUCCCGUACACGGAUAAAAUUCGUGUUUAGGAUACCUGCAAGUGGCACGAGGUGAUAUUAUGCGACCACCGCACCCGUGAAAGACAUCUCGCCGCUCUCGACGGGCAUCUUGACGAUCUUAAACUCAAAGGAUUUGUGGCGUCGCCCGUUUCCCCUCGGAUAAUCUAAAUAUCUAACCUUUAAGGAGGACGAAUUCCAAAUAGGCUUUCUUUCAAGUGGCCGAUACGGAAAAGGACUGGUACCAUCAACCCAAUCUUGCGGGAUAUUCCGACUCUGAUCCUCAGGUUCAAGAUGCCUCGGUUUGCGCGGACUCAGAACGCCACACUGUUCCCACUCAGUGUUGUCGAGAUCACUGACAUGGAAUCGGCGGUGCCGCACGAGGGCUCAGUGUCCAGGCACCAGUGCUGAAGGUGUGAUGGGUAUGCUUUGAUCCUACGGGAACAGAUAUCAGUUGGAGGUGGGUGGCUCAGCCGUUGCAGAGUAGAAUGGAUCUAUCCGUCGUUUUCUACUCCAUUGCUUCUAUUGCGUUUGAGCGGUGUCUCCGUACAUCUCUACGAUGACUUGAAGGAGCUCGACGGAUGCAUUGGGCGCCCUGUAACUCUGAUCUGACGUUGGCAUGUGCGACGUCAGUGGGAGCUGAACUUUGUUCGUAGGCGCCUGUUUGUGUCUGUGGACACCAGUAACCAGUGCAGGCUGCCAGUAAACGAGAGAUGAUCACUUCCGGCGUGGAG